CUCAAAGCAGCCUGGCAACUACGUUUGGAACUUGUAUCGACCAACCAACGUAACAUUUGCGUACUGUUUUUGACGUAGAGUUGCACUAUGGCUGGGAGCUGUUUUUACAGCUCGGCUUUCUAUACGUAGCAAUAAUAACCACUGUCGCUGUAUGGACGUUAGAAAAUGGUGCUAAAGAAUACCGACUUCAGUUAAAUGACACGGAUCAUUUUCCCCUCUUGACAACCGGAAGAACAGCUAUGGAGUUUCUCCCAGUGCUUGACCCUUUAGAUAAACCCAAAGAAGGAAUAUGGUACUCUUUGAUUCCUAGAGGCGGUGCUCCAGGUGUUUGUGUGGGUCACACCUGCACAUUUAUCCCAUCUGAAGACGAAGGAAAGGGAAGAAUCUUUAUUGUUGGUGGAGCCAACCCCAGUGGCAGUUUCUCACAUUCUAAUAUCAUAAAUCUAGACAAUCAUGAAUGGGACAUCCCAGAGUGGGAGGGUUUGGAGUCACGAUAUGAACACUGCAGUUUCGUGCCAGAGAGCUGCCCUCAGAGCCUGUGGGUCUUUGGUGGGGCACAGCAGAGCGGCAAUCGGAAUUGUGUCCAGAAAAUUCAGCUAACAGACAGUGGGUCUUGCUGGAAGAAUGUAGCGGUGAAUGGCAAACCCCCCGGGCCCAGGACAUACCACACCAGCUCAGCAUGCCUAGGGGACAAACUGUACGUCUGUUUUGGUGGGGAAGCAGGAGCCGCACCUGUUUCAGAUCCCAAACUUCAUGUUUUUGAUACAGUGUCUUCCACCUGGUCCCAACCAGAAACACAAGGCAGAAACCUGCCAGCCAGACAUGGGCAUAUUGUUGUCACAGUGGGUUCGAAGAUCUACAUUCAUGGAGGCAUGGCUGGAGACAAAUUCCACAAUGAUAUGUUCUCUCUCAACACAAAAAGCAUGAAGUGGGAGAAAGUGCAGGCCAAAGGAGACAUCCCACCAGGAGUAGCAGCCCACUCAGCUGUGGUGCUGGGCAAGAACAUCUAUAUUUUUGGGGGGAUGACUGCAGAUGGAGCCAGUAACUCCAUGUACAGAUUCAACACUGACAAAAGUAGAUGGGUCCUCAUGAAGUUUGAAGGAGAUUUGCCACCCAACCGCCUAGACCACUCCAUGUGCUUAUUGCCCUGGAAGGUGUGUUGUGAGGGGAAUGGAGAUGAGGACCAGGCUAACAGCCCAGCAGCCUCAGAGACAAUAUUUCUGGCAUUUGCAUUUGGAGGAAUGGACACUCAGGGUGUCAUUUAUAAUGACUGUGUUGUGACUGUGGUGACAUGAUGGUGUAAUAUUCAUUUCCCAAGUUGUAAUAAAAGGUUUGUCAAGUACUACUUAAUAAUUUACUUUUAUUGAAAACUCUAGAACAGUUAAGGUCAGUAAGAUUUGUUGAAAUUGAAAAUAAAUGGGCUGUAAUGUUUAUCAUUUGAGCCACUGGUUAAUAUUAAGU